GAAAUGAAAAACAAUAUUUUCAUCUUCACAAAAAGCUGUUGGGGAAUAAAAGGCUGCUUAAUUUAUGUAAUGUUUAUUUCUCAUUUUAAUCCCAAGGAACUAGUUCUGUGAUGUUACUAGUAGCCUAUAUAUAUUACCUUUCUCUCUUUUAAAAGAACAGAAAAAAAAUUUUUUUUCCUGUUUCAGAAUUGGGAUUUCAGAUGCUGGGAUAAACAUAUAUGUUAGAAGAUUAAAUAAAAUUUUAAAAUAAAGGGAUUUGAAAUAUGGAACAAAGAGUAGGAGAGUUGAAGAAAAGCCAUGAGUUUGAAAUCACGGUCACAUUUCCUGCCCCAAGCUUCUGUAUAUUGAUUAGACAGCACUCAUCAACCUGGAGCUUCCUAGCAGCUGAGAAAAGAGACAGACUCCACAGGUCCUGUGACAGGAGAGAGCUGAGCAAGUCUGAGAAACAAAACAAGACACGCAUGUAGGGAACUGGUGGAGCAGAGGGAAGAGAAGCCCGAGAAGAGCUUGGAGCUGAAGGAACCAGAAUGAAAUGAGAUGCUGAGAAAUAAAUAAAGCUUUACUCUUCUGACUUGGAUCUUUAUAAUGGGUAUCGGAAAGUCUAAAACGGAUCCCUGCCUUCUUUCUCUGUCUUGGGGUAAAAGCCAUAGUGUGGCAACGAGUCAAGGACAUCACAAGUCAGAUUCCAAAAAAUCUGAAGAGAUCUCUCUGCAUGACGAUGCUGCACAUAGCAAUACAUCAGAGAUGCCAACAGAGGGGCAGGAGGGAGCCCAGGGAGUGGAGGAGAUGCUGGAAGAGGAAGCAGAAGAAGAGAUGUUCCUCAAAUUUGUGAUACUGCACGCUGAAGAAGACACAGACGAAGCCCUCCGAGUCCAGAAUCUGCUGGAAAAUGACUUCGGCAUCAAACCUGGAAUAAUCUUUGCUGAGAUGCCAUGUGGCAGGCAGCAUUUACAGAAUUUGGAUGAUGCUGUCAAUGGGUCUGCCUGGACAAUCUUAUUAUUGACUGAAAAUUUUUUAAGAGAUACCUGGUGUAAGUUCCAGUUCUAUACGUCCCUCAUGAACUCUGUUAACAGGCAGCACAAGUACAACUCUGUCAUCCCCUUGCGGCCCCUGAACAACCCCCUGCCCCGAGAAAGGACUCCCUUUGCUCUGCGAACCAUUAAUGCCCUGGAGGAAGAAAGUCGUGGCUUUCCUACACAAGUGGAAAGAAUUUUUCAGGAUUCUGUGUAUAGGAUACAGCAAGCUAUAUGGAAAGAGACCAGAAAUACGGUACAGAGGCAAUUUAUUGCCUGAGAUGGUAUACACAAUAUAUGGUGGGCUCUUGUUUUGUAAAACAAAUGAUUUAUCUUCACUUGAGAAAGCAGAUUUCUGGGAAAAGUUUAGAUGAAAGAGAACCUUACUCUUACAGAAACCUGUGGAGCCCAAGAAAGAUAAAUUCCUGCAGGACAGUUUAUAGAAUUGUAGUACUUUUCGAUGUUUCCAUAAACUUGAAAUUGUCAGAGUUUCAAGAACUCUGUUUCCUCUCAUAGUUUUCCUAGUUCAUGAUUACGGCAAAGGAUAUUUUAAAUUAAUGUUCCUUGUAUUGAACUUGAACAAAAACUUAUAUGACAGACAUUUUAAAAAUACAAUAACACUUUGAUUUUGUUCUCAAAGGACACGCAGAAAAAAAAAUGGCCUCAAGAGAUCUGACCACCCUCCCUUGUGAGGCACCUCUCGUGAAUGUUGCAAUACAGCGUUUCUGGUGUUGCCACCCAGAAAUAGGGAUAGCCAGAGUAGAACAUUUAAAAUGUUGAGUGCUGAUAAAUAUGAAACCCAAAAUAUUUCAGUAACUGCGAGAAUGGUUGGGCUUUUUCAAAGAAUCCAAUCAGAUGUGUUUUCCUUUUUGCUGGAGUUUGCAUAUUUGGAGGCAGUUCCCACCACUGAUUAGUGGCCUAUUUGAUGGUGUUGUGGUUAGGAGCUCUGUGACUGGUGUUGACAUGACCCCUGGAGCUGGAAGUUAUCCAUGUUGGCCAUUGUCUGUGACCGGGAGCUUCUGAAAGGUGUAUGUAUCCUUGGCCAGAUGUUCUCCUUUAAAAUCAAUAACUUCUGUGGAAGCUGUUAAAAAUUCCUCUCUCACACAGUGCUCUAUCAAGGAAAUAUUUCUCAGCUAGGUGAUCACAGUAGCCUGAAUCGUGUGUGUGUGUGUGUGUGUGUGUGUGUGUGUGUGUGUGUGUGUGUGUGUGUGUGUUUUGUAGAUUACUUUCAGACUUGGGAUAGAAGUGAGAGAUGCAUUUUAUGGCCUCAUCUUCUAGUAUCCUAUUCUUGCAGCAAACCAGAGGCCCCAAGCAGACUGGUUCCUGCCUUUCACAGCCCUUCUGCCCCAACUGAGGUUGAGGAAGAACCAUCAGGUACAGACCAGGGACAGGGCGGAGUGUGAGUCACCUCAUGUUGCAAUGAGAAAAGCACCCAGUGGGGGAUCAGGAGACCUGAUUCUAGUCCAGUCUCUUUCACUGAGGAUGAAUGUGACUGUGGGCAAGCUACUUACUCUCCUUCAUCUGUGAAAGGAAAGGAUUGGAUUGAUGAAUCUGUAAAGGCCUUUGUCCUUUCCCAGAAUGUGAGCAACUAGGAACCAGAAAAGGGAAGAAGCAAAAAAAAGAAAAAAGAAAAUUUAGAACUUUAUAAUGUGAUUUAUAAUAGAUGCAGGAGUCUUUAUAUAUAUGCUCACAAUGAAAGGAUAUUGUAUCUGUUUAGUGUAAUUGAUUUCUAAUAUUUCCGAUUAUACUUUUAUAGUCACAGAAAAAUAUUACAAUACAUGCUUCUCAGAUUUUUUUUUUCAUUUUUAAAAUUUUUUCUAGGGACCCUUGGGCAAAAACAUUCUGCCCUCUUUUUCUUUCUCUUUUUCCCCACUUCUUCAUACCCCCUGCUCACCCUGGGGUCUGCUCUCAGCUUUCUGCAGUCCGCCUCCUCAUAGUCAUGAAUCAACAUGUUUCAUAAUUCUGCAAGUAAGUCAAACCUCCCCCGCUACUAGUACUUAUCAAAGAUGAGAUUCUUCUCAUUGCCUGGUGACUUAAAGUUCCCUUCUGUCAUAGUCACUUACUACUCAUUUUCUUUUUCAGUUCUAAUGAUAAGCGUUCAUUUUUUUUUUGCCAUACUGUUUCCUGUAUCUGCAGUUUCAUAUACAGAUAAGACAUUAGCCACCCACCCUGCCUGCCUGCCAAAGUUGGAGCAAUUGAUGCUGGAUGGUAUUUUUUAAAUAAAUGUUUUUAUUCUUUACCUUUGACUAAACUUGAUUAUUUCCAACUCCAGUGAAGAUUGUGAAAAAGUGUUUUGAAAAGAGGCAUCAAUCUGUACUCCUCCACAGAGCAGCAGGCACAAUGUCUCACUCGAUUUUGCAGUUAAAUACAUAUUUUUUAUGAUGAAUAAAAAUGUUAAGUACUGAAUAACUGUCUGUGUUGAAAUUAACAGUUGUAAUAAGGGAUUAUCGAAAUAGCUAAACUGAGGAGGCAAAGAUGUGGCCCUAGUCAUGUGAGUGUGUGUGUAUGUGUGUACACAUGUAUAGAUUCAGACUUACAGGGAAAUUCUGUAAAAUUUUGCCACAUGCUGGAGAGCAUCCAUUUUGGGUGUCUGUGGGCCUCAUUGCCCACCCAGAAGAACCUGAGCUGUGCCUCGUGUGUCAGGAUUCUUUCAGCUAUAAGAAACAGAGGAACCUCCGUGGUGGCACAGUGGUUAAGAAUCCACCUGCCAGUUCAGGGGACAUGGGUUCGAUCCCUGGUCCUGGAAGAUCCCAUGUGCUGUGGAGCAACUAAGCCUGUGAGCCACAACUGCUGAAGCCCGUGCGCCUAGAGCCUGUGCUCCACAACAAGAGAAGCCACCUCAUUGAGAAGCCUGCGCACCACGACGAAGAGUAGCCUCUCCUCGCCACAACUAGAGAAAAGCCUGUGCACAGCGACAAAGAUCCAAUGCAGUCAAAAAUAAAUAAGUAAAUAAAAUAAUAAUAAUAAUAAAAGAAGCAGAAAAGCCAAUGCCAUGUAAACUUGCUAUCUAACUUAACAAGAGGUCCCCUGAGGUAUGGUGCCUCAAAGGUGUCAUGAAAAACCCAGUUCUUAUAUACAGUGGAACAUUGUGCCACCUUAAAAAGAAAUAACAUUCUGAUACAUGCUUUAACAUGGAUGAACCUUGAAAACACAAUGCUAAGUGCAAAAAGACAGACACAACAGGCCAAAUAUUGUACGAUUCCACUUAUAUGAGCUACCUAGAGUAGGCAGAUUCAUAGAGAAAGAAAAAUAGAGGUGACCAGGGGCUGGGAGAGGGAAGAAUAGGGAGUCAUGUUUCAUGGGUACAAAGUUUCUGUUAGGGAUGAUGAAAAACGUUCUGGAAUUGGAUAGUGGUGGUGGCUGCACAGCAUUGUGAAUGUGCUUAAUGCCACCAAGUUGUACAGUUAAAAUGGUAAGUUUUGUGUAUAUUUAUUUUACUGCAAUAAUUUUUUUUAAACCCACGGUCUUUCCAUCUUUUUGCUUUGCCAUCCUCAUUGUCCCAGCAGGGCUUUCCUUAGAGUUUUACCAUGGCUGUGCCACUGUCAGGCACAGAUAUUGGAGCAUCCAGCCUAAGAAGACGGUGGAAGUGGUUCACCCAAGUAAGGAAAAGAUGUCUUCACUGCAUUGUUGAAAAUUGCUUAUACAUGGUGAUAAUAA